AUGGCUUCUUCUAGCAACAACUCCUCUCUCCGAGUCUGUAAAUACGACGUGUUCAUCAGUUUCCGAGGCCCCGACAGUCGCAACACUUUCAUCGAUCAUCUGUAUCACCAUCUUAUCAGAAAAGGUAUUUCCGUCUUCAAGGACGAUCACACCCUCCUGAAAGGAGAAUCCAUUUCCCCGCAGCUUCUACAAGCAAUUCGAAACUCUAGGGUUUCUCUAGUUGUUUUCUCACGAAAUUAUCCUCAGUCAACAUGGUGUUUGAAUGAAAUGGCUGCUGUUGCUGAAUGCCACAGAGAAUUGAAACAAACCGUUAUCCCGAUUUUCUACGGUAUCAAUCCAUCUCAUGUUCGAAACCACACUGGGGUUUACAAAAUUGGUUUUAAUAAUUCAAACAAGAAGUUCAAAUAUGACCCAGCAGAGGUUGAUCGAUGGGAGAGAGCUAUGACUGAAUUGGCCAAUUUGGUUGGAUUUGAUCUUAGAGAUAAGCCAGAGUUUACAGAGAUUGAAAAAAUUGUUCAGGCAGUAAUAAAGACAUUGAAUCAUAAAUUCUCAGGGUUAAACAACGAUCUUGUUGGGAUGCAACCUCGUGUAGAAGAAUUAGAAAAGAUUCUAAAAUUGAACUCAAAAGAUGAUGAUUUUCGAGUUCUGGGAAUUUGGGGGAUGGGUGGAGUAGGAAAGACAACUCAUGCUACUGCUUUAUACGACAGAAUCUCUUAUCAGUUUGAUGCUCGUUGUUUUAUUAAUAACACAAGCAAACUUUAUAUGGAUGGUGGUGUCGUUGCUGUACAAAAACAAAUUCUUCGUCAAACUCUAGACGAAAGAAAUCUAGACUCAUAUGAUACUUGUGAAAUUGCUGGGAUUAUGUUAAAUAGGCUUCACAGUGGCAUUAAGGUCCUUAUAGUUCUCGACAAUGUUGAUCAAUUAGAGCAAUUGCAGGAAUUGGGCAUAAAUCCUAAACUACUUUGGAGUGGUAGUAGAAUAAUCAUAACCACAAGGGAUGAGCAUAUUCUAAGAGUAUAUGGGGCAGAUACAAUACACAAAGUUCCCAUGUUGAAUACUAAUGAUGCCUGUGAACUUUUUUGUAGAAGAGCCUUCAAAGGUGAAAACCAAAGCAGAAACUGUGUUGGGUUGAUUCCAGAGAUACUAAAAUAUGCUCAAAAUCUUCCAUUAGCAAUUAAAGUAGUGGGCUCUUUCCUGUGUACCCGAGAUGCUACUCAGUGGACAGAUGCUUUGGAUAGAUUGAAGAACAAUCCAGACAGUAAAAUUAUGGAUGUGCUUCAGAUGAGUGUUGAUGGACUACAACAUGAGGAGAAGGAAAUAUUUUUGCACAUUGCUUGUUUCUUUAAAGGGGAGAGGGAAGUUUAUGUCAAGCGAAUCUUAGAUGCCUGUGGACUGCACCCUCACAUUGGGAUUCAGAGGAUCCUUGAGAAAUCUCUAAUUACCAUUAAAAACCAGGAGAUUCAUAUGCAUGAUAUGUUACAAAGUUUAGGGAAGAAAAUCGCCCGGCACCAAUUUCCCGAAGAGCCAGGAUCAUGGAGUAGAUUAUGGCAAUACCAUGAUUUCUAUCAAGUGUUGGAAACAGAAACGGGAACAAACAAUGUUAAAGCUAUAGUUCUGGAUCAAAAGGAAAGUUUCUCCAAAUGCAGGGCUGAAGGAUUUUCAAAUAUGAGGAACCUUGCACUUCUCAUAUUGUAUCAUAACAACUUUUCAAGAAAUUUGGAUUUUCUUUCCAACAACUUGCGAUAUCUUCUGUGGCAUGGAUACCCUUUUACUUCUUUGCCCUCAAAUUUUGAGCCAUAUUAUCUUGUGGAAUUGAAUAUGCCUGAUAGUAGCAUUGAACGACUGUGGGAAGGCCGCGUGGAUCUCCCUUAUUUGAAAAGUAUAGAUGUGAGCAAUUCCAAGCAUCUUAGAGAGACUCCAAAGUUCUUUUGGACCCCAAAACUAGAGCGUCUAGAUUUUACAGGAUGCACAAACUUAAUACAGGUCCAUCCAUCAAUUGGACAUCUUACAGAACUUGUUUUCUUAAGUUUGCAAAACUGCAGCAGUUUGGUCGACCUCGAUUUUGGUAGUGUAUUAAAUUUAAAUUCUUUGAGAGUUCUACGCCUCUGUGGUUGCACAAAACUUGAAAACACGCCAGAUUUUACUGGGGCAUCAAAUCUUGAGUACCUUGAUAUGGAUGGUUGUACAAGUUUAUCCAAAGUUCAUGAAUCUAUCGGGGCUCUGUCAAAGCUUAGAUUCUUGAGUUUGAGGGAUUGCAUAAUUCUUGCUGGAAUACCCAAUAGCAUUAAUACCAUGACUUCUCUUAUAACUCUAGAUUUAUACGGCUGCUUGAAACUUAGUACUCUGCCGCUCAGACGGACUUUCCGUUCUUCUAAGAUGAAACUUACGACUCCGCCCCUCAGACGGACUUCCAGUUCUUCUCAUAUGGAAUCUUUAAUUUUUCUUGAUGUAAGCUUUUGCAAUCUUCAUAAAGUACCUGCUGUUAUUGGAGAGCUACGGUGUUUAGAAAGACUAAGUCUACAAGGAAACAACUUUAAGUUUCUACCCUAUACUUUCAGUAAGCUUGAAAGUCUGGCAUAUUUGAACUUGGCUCAUUGCCAUGAGCUUCAAACUUUUCCACAUAUAAAUACACUAAAAAAUUCAUCUCUAGGGGGAAGUUAUUUUAAAAUGACAUCGGGAUCGCGUGAUCAUAGGUCAGGAUUAUAUGUUUUCGACUGCCCCAAAGUGAAGUUCUUCAUAUAUAAUCCCCAAGAGUAUUUUACAAAGUAUAUUUAUCAAUGGUUAGAAAGACUUCUUAAGGAACCCCGUCACUUUCGGUGUGGCUUUGACAUUAUUGUUCCUUGGCCUGAAAAAGUUAAUUAUCUACCCACUAAUCCUAUUCCAAUGUGGUUCCAUCACCAAUUUAAAGGGCAUUCAAUAGUAAGGAUAGUACAGUCUAAUCUGGGUGACGACUGGAUUGGCUUUUCCUUUUGUGUAGCAUUUGAGGUAAACAACCUUUCUGCAAAUUCUGGUUCAUCACAUGGUUCAUUGUCCUCGGAACUGCCACAUCCUUUUUAUCUUUCUUUUGAAAGUGAACAAACGGAAGAACGCUUUGAUAUGCCACUUAGUUUGGAAUUGGACAAAAUUGAUGGAUCUAAACAUCUUUGGGUAAUUUAUAUUUCUCAAGAGCAUUGCCACUUUGUGAAAACAGGAGCAUGUAUCACAUUUAAAGCCUGCCCAGGUUUGAUCAUAAUGAAAUGGGGAUUGCGCGUGCUUGUCGAGAAGAAGGGUGCAGUAAAACUAUCUUCUCAUGACUCUGAAGAAUCUGAUGUGCACCAUCUUAUGUUUGAUUAUGUGGAAGAAAAUAUCCGCAGGCAUGAGCCUAAAAUUCAGCUUCCCUACAAUUGGUUGGUUACUGAGGAAGAGGAAGUUGAGAAUUCUCAAGCCAAGUCAAAAGAAACUAAUCUUUCUAAUCUAGGUCUUUAG